AUGGCAUUUGGAAACAAAUCAGCUACGCGGAUUUUAUCCUUGCAUGAAAAGCUCUCUAGAGCAAAGAGAGAUUCACGUCCAGUUGCUGAAUGUCUUCAGCUUAUCAAAUCAAUUGGCGAGGAACUCUCCUUGUGCGGAAGUCCUGUUGCUGAUGUUGAUCUUGUGGUUCACGUUCUUAGUGGUGUUGGCUCUGAAUCUCGAGAUAUUGCUGCAGCUAUUCAUGCGAGAGAUACCAUCAUAUCAUUUGAUGAACUCCAAGACAAGUUACUGGCUCAUGAACUGUAUUUGAAAAAAAUAGAUCCCGCAUUUGACACCACUCCUGUCUCAGCAAAUAAUGUCCGUAAGGGUACAAAUACUAGAGCUUUGAAUCAGCAACAACAAGAGAAUCCUCAAGCACACUACUCUAAUACAAAUUCGGGAUCCGAUCAGCAAUGGUUGUUAGACACUGGCGCAUCUUAUCAUAUCACUAAUGACUUGGGCAAGCUUUCGCUUCAUUCACCAUAUGAUGGUAGUGACGAGCUAAACCAACCUGAUGGAUCAGGUUUGUCCAUCUCGCAUGUUGGUUCUGCCACCUACCUUAUUAAUCGUCUUCCUACACCACUUCUUCAGUUUUCUUCUCCUUAUCAAAAGCUUUUUAACCGCUCUCCCAAUUAUCAAUCCUUGCGUAAAGUACUGGAACCAACAACAGUUGCACAAGAUCUGGCUCAUCCUGAGUGGCGCUCUGCAAUGUCUAAUGAAUUCAAUGCAUUAGUUAAAAAUGGUACUUGGAUUCUUGUCCCUCCUGAUUCUUAA